AUGGUUCGGCUCUUAUUUGAGACGUUGCUGUUGGGAUGUUUCUGGAGCUGCUGUGAUGGCACUGGACUCCAGAAUAAAGGGGAUAUUACUAUCUUUGGCAUGUUUCCUCUCCACAAUGUGGCCCGAACUAUCUCGACUAUGCCUCAGCUGGCUGAUUGCAACCUAGGAACUGCCAACAGCCAUGGCUACUACUUGAUGCAGGCUCUGCGCUAUGCUGUGGAGGAGAUCAACAACAGCAGUCAACUCCUGCCUGGUAUCACUUUAGGCUACCAGGCAUAUGACAUUUGCUCGCUUCAAGCUAGUAUUCUGGGCACGGUGACAAUCUUAGCUCAGCAGUAUAACAGAGUGAAAGUGAAGCCUCUAGCGAUUGCCCUCAUUGGACCAGAUAGCAGCAGCUACAGCUUUACUCCAGCUACUGCACUCGGUAACUUUCUUGUGCCUGAGAUCUCCUAUGAAGCAUCAGAUGAACUUCUGAGCAACAAACAGCUCUAUCCAUCUUUCUUCCGCACCAUUCCUAGUGAUAAAAACCAGGUGACAGCCAUGCUUGAGAUUCUUGUAAGAUACAACUGGACCUGGAUAGCUCUUCUUGGCAGUGACAAUUCAUAUGGCUUGCAGGCAAUGUUGAGCGUAUCGCAGCAAGCAUCAGAUUACAAUGUCUGUAUUCCAUAUCAAGCAGUGGUUCCGAGCCUCAGUAACGACACACAGCAGCGGAUGCGAGACAUCGUCAAGAAUAUCAUCAAAGCCAAAGUGAAUACCAUAGUAGUGUUUUCCAGCAAGCGAAUAGCCAAAGGGUUUUUUUCAAUUGUGGUAGAACAGAAUGUGACUGGGAAGGUGUGGAUUGGGUCUGAGGACUGGUCAAUAGCAACCUUAGUAUCUGGAAUCCCAGGAAUCAAUACUAUUGGAACUGUCUUGGGUGUGUCCUUAAAAUAUACACCUUUCGAUGGUUUCCAAGAUUUUGUGAACCGGGACAUAACUAACCUUAAAAACAUUAAAAACAAUUUCAGUGAAAUGAGUGUCCCAUGCUUACAGAACACACAUCUGUACCAAAUGGCAAUGGCACAAUAUCCUCUGGUGAAAUAUGAUAUCAUCUCUUCGUUUAAUGUGUAUCAGGCGGUAUAUGCAGUUGCUUAUGCAUUGCACCAGGCUCUCGGAUGUGAUUUGAAAACAUGUCAGAACACUGAAAUACAGCCAUGGCAGCUCUUUCGAUGUUUAAAACAAGCAAGGAUCUCCAUCAGAAAUACAACAUUGUACUUUGAUAGGUAUGGAAACCCACCCACUGGAUAUGACAUUGUCACAUGGAUAUGGAUUAAUAAAACCUGGUCCCUCAGAACAGUGGGAUCGUUCAACUUAAAACCUCCAGGUCUUCAGUUGGAUGCUUCACAGCUACCAUGGGUGGGACAUGUUUCAAAUAUAACCUACUUUAAUAUGCCUGAGUCACGUUGUUCCCCAGAAUGUCCCUAUGGGUACAGAAGACUGCAGAUUGGACAACAAAAGUGCUGUUUCAAAUGCAUGGAAUGUCCGGCUUCCACUUUCCUCAACAAAACUGGCUCUACCAGCUGCCAGCCAUGCAACAAAUAUCAGUGGUCUCCAUCUGGGAAUGAGGAAUGUCUGCAGAAAACCAUUCUAUACCUGCGAUGGGGUGACCCGUUGACUGUUGUUCUCCUGGUUCUCGUGGCACUGACACUGCUGCUCACCCUGGGCACUGCUCUUAUCUUCCUACUUAACUUAAAUACCCCAGUUGUAAAGUCUGCAGGUGGCAAGACAUGUCUGCUAAUGCUGUCGUCUCUCACCGUAGCUGCCUGCAGCUCAUUGUGCCUUUUCAGCACGCCCUCCCGAGCAUCCUGUCUGUUCAAAAAUUCCCUCUUCAUCUUCAGUUUCACCGUCUGCCUAAACUGCAUGACUGUCCGUGCCUUCCAGGUGGUGUGCAUAUUCAAGUGGUCUGCAAAGCUUCCCGCAUUCUACGAUUCCUGGGUGAAAAAUCGAGGCCCUGAUAUCUUCAUCCUGGUCACCUCUUUGUUCGAGUUCUUCAUCUCUUUUCUCUGUACAAGCCUAAAUGCACCUCUCCCCUCAGCUGACUAUGACUUCUACUUUGACAGCAUUGUAUUACAGUGCAGUAAGACCAUGGCAGUAGUGCUUCCACAAUAUUUAUAUGUAUUUGUACUGACUGUAAUAUGUUUUUGCUUGAGCUACAUGGGUAAAGAUUUACCAGCCAAUUACAGUGAGGCCAAGUGCAUAACAUUCAGCCUGAUGAUCUAUAUAAUCUCCUGGAUCACCUUCUUCACCACCUACAGUGUUAAUAGAGGGACUUUAACUAUGGCUUUGGAGGUAUUUGCCACACUUUCUAGUGUUCUUGGAAUACUCGGUGGAUACUUUUUCCCUAAAGUGUACAUCAUUUUAUUUCGACCAAAAAUGAAUACAACUGUGCACUUUCAAAACUGUAUACAAAUGUAUACCAUGACUAAACUGUGA